CUUUCCUCCAUUUAAAUCUGGAUAGAACUUAGAACCUCUCUGCUCUCGCCUCUUCUCUGGGUGUGGGUUGGGUGGGAAGUAACCGCAAUUACAAGCCGACGAAAUCCAACCCAUAUAUUAACAGAGAUUGUUCAGUUCUAAGAGUGGCUGAGAAAACCAAAGGGGAUAGUUAUAAUCACCAUGGCUGUGGUUUCUUCUUUUUCCCCUUCCUCUUCGAAAGCUUCAUGUUCGCCUCCUCCACCUCCUCCUCAAUCUCCUUUCUGUUCUCCUAUUAGAGAAAACGAGAGAGAGAACGAAGACGACGAUGAAGAACAGCACAACAUCAGAAGAACUCCAAAUCCAGCAUCUCGUGACGGUUUAAGCAUCGCAUCAAAUCACCACCACAACCCAACGCCUCUCCAUGCUUCCGCCACCGCCAAACCCAAAUCCUCCACCCGAAAACGGUCAGAAUCUACCGACGACGACGAUCGUGGUGUUUCUUGUAACAAGUGCCGUCCCACCUCACGCGAGAAGAUCUCCGUUGUCCCCCUCGACAUCAAUGGUCACUCCAAUGCUAGUCCUAACGGCAUCUUCAAGUCUUUAUUGUUAUCCCUCACAAAGAAAAGCCCUAAAACAUCAUCAUCGUCUGUUCCGUCAUCCACCUCCGCCAGAGAAGAACAGUGGAAGCUCGCCGUCGCCGAACUCUCUCACAAGCUCAUCCAGACCACACGAAAGAGAGAUGAAGCUAUUCUCGAAGCUUCCAGGCUCAAGCAUUCCAUGGCAGAGCUAGAGAAAAAACUCAACAAACUCGAGAUCUACUGCCACAACCUGAAAUCGGGACUCGAGGUAUGCAGCAAUUCGCCACUCAAAACAUCCAAAGAUUUCGGUUUCAGCCCUGGAACAAUGGUGGAUCUCAAAGGAAUCGAACACCAAGAUAAGAUCAUCGAAUCGUUCCUGAACUCGGUGGCGGAAGCGCGGACUUCAGUCCGUGUUCUGAGCCGGUCCCUAUCGCUCCAACUGAGACAGAUGGGCGUCAAGGUCUACGAGCGGAUCUCAUCGCUCCUCCAACCCUACGAAGUGAAGAUUUGGUUCGCCAAGAACCCAAGAAGCUUGAUGUUCUACUUGGAAGCGUUGCUGAACCGUACCUUUUACGAAGAAUUCGAGUCCAUCGGGUUCCAGAAAGGUGGGUCGGAUCAGAUACUAAACCCGAUUGAGAGAUGCGAAGCGAAUUUCGCUUCAUUCCAACUUCUACGAGGGCUUAGCUGGGAAGAAGUGCUGAACAAAGGAACGAAGCACUUCAGUGAAGAGUUCAGUCGGUUCUGUGAUAGGAAGAUGAGCGAUAUAGUAGCAAUGUUGGGGUGGAACAGAGCAUGGCCUGAGCCGCUGUUGCAGGCCUUCUUCGUUGCGGCUAAAAGUGUUUGGUUGGUGCAUCUCUUAGCCUUCUCUGUACAUCCAAGCCUGCCUAUAUUCAGGGUGGAUAAAGGGUUGAGGUUCGAUGGGGUUUACAUGGAAGACAUGAGUGCAGAUAAGGCUCAGAAACUGGUACCAACCACGGUUCGGAUCAUGGUCGCACCUGGCUUUUACGUUUACAGUAAUGUGAUUAAGUGUAAGGUCCUUUGCAGGUACCAAAGUAGUAGUAGUAGUAGUAGUAGUAGUAGUAAUAGAAAUGGAAAUCAGGGUUUAUUAUCAUCACCAUAUGAAGUAUAAUUGUUAAUUUUUAAGAUGUAUAGAGAAGGGAUUGGUGUUCCUGGGGAUCUGUUCAUCAUCUGGUUCGAGUUUUGGGUUCUGUUUCUGUGUUAAAAGUAAGAGAUUGGUGUUAUAUUCUUGUC